AUGUUGCGAAGUUGUCAUCCGGUUUGCCGUCGAGCACUAGAUGCCCUAGAAGACUUCGAUGAGUCUCAGAAUGCGGCUAUUGUAGCAGCUAAUCUGAUAAGCUCUGCGAGGUUUCUGCUUAAGCUCGACAGCGAGUUUACUGAGUUGUCAGCUCAGUUUUUGGUGGAUAAGGCUUCUCCUGAGAAUGAAUCCGCGCAAGGACGCCGCAAGCUCACUGUCAAAGAUUGUCUUGAGAUUGCUUUCAAAGAAGGGAUACCAAAACUUGAACACUGGGCGCAUUUGGGAUGUAUCUUCAAGCCUCCCGGAAUCUCUUCUUUCAUAGCUCGCGUUCCAGUUAAAGGACUUGAAGUGGUCGAGGCAAAGAAACUUGAAGAAGGACUUGCGUUGAUGAGGCAAUUUGAGCAACCGGUAGGAGCGAGGCUGCAUGUUUUCAGUCCACAGCUUGAUCGUCUUGGAGAUAAGGAAAUUUACGAUGGCCCUGCAGGUCCAGGUGGUGCUGAAACACGCUAUGUUGGACUGAGAGAUUGUAUCGUAUGCGAUGUGAAGAAGUUCAAAGGAACCACUGUUGCGAAAGCUAAGAUCACCUACAAGACGAAGACUUCGUUUAUCUAUGUGUCGUUGCAGCGGAUGUUUCUUGCGAUGCCUAAAAGUGGCGAAGAGUCUCAGGUGAUAGAGCCGACGCAUCUGCUUGUGGACUUCUGUCUCCCACGCCUGUCUAAGUAG